AUGGGCACUCAUUUGCUGGUAAACAUUGCUUCGGCAGCUAGUGGUGCUAUAAUCGUUGUGUCUCUCAUUACUGUUGGUAUGAUCUUCCAGGACAUUAACAGCUUUUAUUAUGAUGUUCUGGGAGAUAUGAACGACUUCAAGACAUUAGCAAAUGAUGCAUGGGAUGAAUUAAUGAUGAUUAACUCAGCUCGUAAAACUGAAAAUGCUAAACGUCCAAGUGUAUUUGAAACGUUGACCGGAAAACGACGUGAUAAACGUCAAGCUCAUUGCGCUUGUGCUCUUCAGCCAGUUACUUGUCCUCCUGGUCCACCUGGUCCACCUGGUUUGCCUGGUAUUCCUGGAGAACCUGGAGAACGUGGAGAAGAUGGACGUCCCGGAAUCAAUGGAAUAGCUGUGAUGUAUGGGCCAGACACUAGAGGAGGCUGUAUUGCUUGCCCAGCCGGACCUCCCGGACCUCCAGGACUUGAUGGGCCUCCUGGACCUCCUGGACCCGAUGGUCUUCCAGGAAUUCCUGGAAAUCAUGGCUUUCCUGGACCACCCGGGCUGCCUGGACCUGUCGGUGACCAAGGACCACCAGGACCCGCUGGAAGUAUCGGACCUGCAGGGCCUCCUGGAGCGCCAGGGGUUGUUAGCAAAGGAACGCCAGGGCCGAAAGGGCCGCCUGGACCUCCUGGUUUACCAGGUAAACAAGGUGCCAAUGGAGCGCCUGGUUUACCUGGAGCUCAAGGGCCCAUGGGACCUCCUGGCCAGCCUGGAUUGCCAGGAUUGGAUGGAAAGCCAGGACAACCUGGAGUUCCUGGUACUGUCGGUGUUCCGGGUAGUGAUGCUGCUUAUUGUCCAUGUCCUCCGAGAUCUGUGCAGACUGCUGCUAUUGUUGCUGAACCAACUUAUAGACAAUCUGAUCAAUAUUCACGUCAUGUUGGUCGCCAUCGACGUGUACGCAAGAAGUACGUCAGUCGAACUCAUUAA